GUCGAGGCUUCUGUACCCACGCGUAGUCUUUAAAGAGCUCGAGCUAUACAGCGGGUGGCUUCCCUAGUCUCUACUUUGAAUCCUUUCUCUCUAAAAUGUCCCAGCCCUUCUUGUUCUACACUGGCCCGACUCCUAAUGGGCAUAAAGUAUCUAUCCUUCUUGAAGAAUUGAAGGCCCUCUAUGGUUCUACCGUUGAUUACGAAACGAAGGCAAUCGACAUCCGCACCAAUGUUCAGAAGGAGCCGUGGUUCAUUGCUCUGAACCCGAACGGUCGUAUUCCUGUCCUUGUCGACCGUUCGCGCAACGACUUCACUGUCUUCGAGACCGCUGCUAUCUUGCUGUACCUCGAGACACACUAUGACAAGCAGAAGACGCUCACGUUUGAGGAUGUUGAUGAACUCAGCGAGCAAUACCAGUGGAUUUUCUUUGCUCACGGUGGUGUUGGUCCCAUGCAAGGGCAGGCGCACCACUUUCUUCACUAUGCCCCUGAGGAUAUUCCGUAUGGGAAGAAACGCUACCAGGAGGAAACUAAGCGCUUGUACGGUGUGCUCAACAUCCGUCUGAACGGUCGCGAAUACCUUGUCGGUGCUGGUAAGGGCAAGUACAGCAUCGCGGACAUCAAUGUCUUUCCCUGGGUCAGGAUCCACAAGCAUGCAGGCAUCGAGACGCUCGAUGAGUUCCCGCACGUGAAGGCUUGGGUCGAGCGAAUCUUGGAGAGACCUGCUGUUAAGGCUGGUAUUGCAGUGCCCUAAGGGUCUAAGUCGUGAGAAGCAAACGGAGCAACGUAAAGUAAACCAGACAGAGUACUCAGAAACUGAGUAUGACCAUGUAUGAAUAGCGUGUGCGUGUAGUAUAGUUUCAUGAUCUCCGAACAGCAAAACCCCAACAAAUCUGACGAAGUAGCCGUGAUUGUUCAUGUC